UUUUAAUAAAUGUUUCUAAAUUUAACAAUAUAAUAAUUUCAUAAAACACAUUCUUUCCCACGGUUACUGAAAUCUCAUAAUAAUGGCUAAGGAAGUCUCCAUGUGCACGCAACUCCAACAAUGGAGUCCGGUGAAGGAGAUAGCGGGAGCACCAAGCGUGCCUCCGCAAGUGGGCUACUGCUUCCACUCUCCCAAGAAACAUCCGUGGAGGCCCAUCAUGGGCUACGAGGAGAUCGAAGUGACUCCUAUGCCAUCUCAGCCCAUCACGAACACGAUGGUAGACCCGUGCUACACGCCGGCGGGGAUGGCAGCCGAGCCGCUCCGCUUCCCCAACCUGGUGACGGGCUUCGACCGCAGCCCCGAGCACGCGGCCCGCGCCGCUCUCUACACCCGGUACACGCAGUACGAGUGGAACCAGAACAGCAUCAAGAACUACAAUGAGUCCGACGCCAAGAGGAACUUUUCUGAGCGAGUCAGGAAUGAUAUCAUGAGGAUGUUAAGGGAAACCGAUGAAAUCGGCACACAGGGACAGAGGGAUUCAGGCAGGAGGAUCGGGGAACGAAUCACUGACACUACGUUUUGGAGGAAUGAGGUGUCUAUAGAAAUGGAGCGUCUAGUGUCGACGUGCGAAAAGUUGAAUGACACCCGUAGGCAGCUGGAGCGAGCUAUCGCCGGCAUCGAGGGCCCGCUGCAUAUUGUGCAGGAAUGUCUCUACCACAGGGAGAAGCGACAGGGUUUGGAGCAAGUCCACGACGCCGUGGAACAGUCCCUGCUUAAAGAGGUCGCCAUACUGCGCGAGUGUCAGGAUAAAUUCCGAAAUAUGCUUGAGAAGGUACGGCAACAAUCGAAGAACUGCCGUGCGACGCAACACGAGUUGGAAACUGAUAUGCGCAACAAGGAAUACGCACUUGGUAUUGACUCCAUGUGCCAUCAGCUCAACAACUUCUCAAAGGGCCUGCAGUUCUACGCGGGCAUCGAGCGCUACGACCCCACGGUGUGCGACACGGCGCGCUGGGCGGCCGCGUCCGCCGCCACGCUGCAGCGCUCGCAGUCCGAGCGGGCCAAGGCCGUGCAGAUGCUGUCCGACACUGAAAAUUUGAUCAACGUUUCUGCGACGGAGAUCUGGGACCAAUGGAGUAACUCGAACAGUGCGUUCACGCGGCGCAUCGCGGAGACCAUCGAGAUCAAGAACAAGUUGCAAUUACAUCUGCACAAGAUUCAACAAGAGAUCUUCGAUAUCGAGAAGACUUUGGAGUUGCUGAACAAGGCCAUCGAGGACAAGCUGCAGCCGAUGAAAGUCGCUCACACGCGUCUGCAGGCCAGGACUAACCGGCCGCAUCUGGAGAAGUGCCGUGACGAGGCACAGAACAGGCUGGUGAAGGAGGUGUGCGACCUGCAGGAGACGAUGGAGACGCUUCGCUCUAAGAUCGCGACGGCGGAGGGCACGCACCAGACGCUGCUGGGCGUGCGCGCCGGCCUGGAGGCCGAGCUGCGGAACAAGACCACCACGCUGUUCAUCGACCGCGACCAGUGCAUGGGCCUGCGCCGCGGGUACCCCGUCACCGCCGCCAUCAAGGCCUAGGCACUCUCCCUCAACCAUCUCAACUAUUGUGUAACUCCACUGUAUUAUGCAAUAAACUUUAUUAAAUACAACUGCUUUUAUUUA